AUGGAAGAGGAGAUUUGGGAGGAAGAUGAGGAUGCAGGCGAGAUGGAGGCAGAUGAGAUGGAGGCAGAUGAAAAUAUCAGAAAUGCAGGCAGCCAACUCUUGACAACAGUGGAUGAGGUACGAGCAUGGUUUGGGAUCCAUAUCCUGAUGGGCUUCGUUCGCAUCCCCCACUACCAGGACUACUGGUCACCGGAGCCACGUUACUUCAAUCGCCUGAUAUCAACCACCAUGACCAGGAGCCGCUUCGAUUUUCUUAGUCAACACCUGGCCUGCUCUAACCCCACCACCAACCCUGAGCAGUAUCCCCAGAAAAAGCCAGAGAUGUUUACUGACAAAGCCCAUCAGUAUCGAUGUAUGGCAAAGCACCCUCUCUACCAUCUGCAGCCUAUUUGGGACACCGUCAUUGCAAAGUGCAGGGUGAACUUCAACCUCUGCAGAAACCUGGCAAAAGAUGAAGCAAUGGUGAAGUGUUCAGGCUUCAAAGGCAAGGUCUGCAAGUUCUUCAUGCCUUUGAAACCUACCCGGAAUGGCUUCAAGUUGUAUGCAAUUGCAGAUUCUACCACAGGCUACUUGGCAAAUUUCAUCGUCCCUCCAUAUAGGCACGGUCAGCCGGUGAAGAUGAAGGACAUCGCCAUGAUGGUAGCCACUCCAUUCCCGGGGCUGUACCACCACAUUUUCACUGACAAGCUGUAUUCAUUCCUGGAGCUUGCCCAGUGCCUCCUUCAAGGCAAGACAUAUCUAACUGGGGUCAUCAUAUCCAGCAGCAAAGACCUCCCCCGUGACUUCAACAAUAACCCGGAUAAGAAUCCAAUGCAUUACCUCAAGAUGGAGAUGCUGAACAAAAUGCCACGUGACACGUUCUAUUCUAGGCAAGCCGAUCAGCUGACCCUUGUGGCCUGGAAAGACUCCUGA